AUGUCCUUCGUGGACCAUUUAAUCCACGAGUUAUCCCACACACCCUUUGCAAACUCAAAACAACUCAUGUUAACCUUACACUGUCUAUUCCCAAAUGACUUCCUCCCAGCUCUCGACAUUCUAGACCGCAAACUCGUGCGAAUGGUACGCGUAGGUACACGCACCGAGGAUAUUUUCCUCGUGACAUCAACCUCACCACCGUCACGAAAAUCGGCUUCUUCACACCAGCAAGACAAAAGCUACGAGGUCCGGCUACGCGCCUGGAAUUGCAGCUGUCCCACCUUCGCACUAUCUGCAUACCGGGACCAACCUCCCGUCACAGACGACCAACCCAGUACCACCGAGGGAGAGCAUGUUAACUACCCGUUUGGCGGGACUUUGACUCGUGACACAACCCGAAGUUUAUCUCCGGUUUGCAAACAUAUCCUAGCUUGCAUUUUGCAUGCACGGUGUCCAGAUCUGUUCGGUGGUGACAGUAUGUUCGUUGUAUCUAUGGAGGAGUUGGCUGGCUGGUGUGCUGGAUGGGGUGGUUGA